AUGACGCCACAGAGCACGGGCGUGAGACUGUGGCCGGUUGGCGAGGGUGGGGGUAGGCCAGCACCGCCACCAAAUCAAUUCUUGAAGCCACCCCCACACAGCACGUACAUCCAGACCUGGCCAGCGGCAUUUGUUAACAUCCGGAUGCAGGUUUUCCGUGACACAGCUCCUCCGAUGAUUCCAGGCUCCGGCAGUUGUCCGGGCCGGCUGGUCAUCCAACACCGAUUUCUCCAUCGAGUUACACGACAAAGCCGAGCUUAUACGAGUAUCCUCAAAGUUUGGACCCCGAAUCUCCUCGCUUAA